AUGGACUGGGACUUGCAUGAGGAUGCCAUCGGCCUGGACCGCUUCAAGCCAUGGGACAGGCUCAAGGCCAAACCAAGGGAGCCAUCGGAGGACUCGUCCGUGGCGACGCCCCUGGCGCUUGCUGUGGACGAGCUCGAUCUCCGACACAAGAAAGCCCCACACCUCGGGCCGGGCCCGGCAGCCCGUCCUUCUGAGCGGGCGGUACAGGAAGCGCCCGGCGCCUCGCCACCUUCCUCGGAUCGGACGCUUCGAAGCUUGGUGCGGGAAGCUUGCGUGUCCUUGCGGCGGCCGGUGAGUGAGGCCGACAAGCUCGUGGCACGCCUGCACCGGGAGUGGUUGGAGACCCCCAAACAGCUCCUGACCUUGGGCUCGGAGGGCUGGGCGCGCCUGGCCCUGCCCGUCGGCUUGGAGUCCGAGCUGCAGAAACGCCUCGGCCUAAGCCGAGGUGCCUGGAUCGAGCGGGCGGCCCCAGGGGACAAAGAUGCCUCGAAGUCCGCGAAGCAAACGCCCACGGCCAUAAAGGAACGCCCAGGCUCAGAUCUGCUACUCGCGCUGCGUCGCCACUGCGGCGAUGCUUGGGCUUCCCACCUGCUUUCCGCCUUGGGCCUCCAGCACCGGGAGACUGUCGAUGCCAACCGCCUCCAAUCGGCACUGCGAGUGCUCGGCGUGCCGAGCUUCAGCACGGCUCAGGUUGCCUCGGCCGUUCGAAGGGCGGCGAAGGGGGCAGAAGCCCGGGGACCUCCCUCGGCCGACGCCGUGGUCGCUGCAAUCCACGGGCCGCUGCGGGGGCCGCGGGCGCAGGAGGUCUCGAACGUCUUCUUCGACCUCGGAGGAGACAUCCGUGGAACCCUCGCGGUCCAGGCGCUGCGCAGGCGCCUUGCUGCCAGGGAGCUGCCUGCAGUAAAGGCCGGACACGUUUCCGCUGAUGAGGCAUUUCGCGAAUUCCUGCGUCGCUGGGGCUCCAAGAAGGACGUGGAUCAAGAGAGCUUCUCGUCGGCUCACGUGGUCCUCUCGGCCCUCUAUCGUGGAGACGAAGCCGGUUUUGGGCGACUGCUCAGGAGGAUCUGGCGCCUUCCUCAGGCACCCGAGCAGGAGGUAGAGCCUGCAAAGCCGUCCAGGCCCCAGCCCACCAGGCAACUGCAGGUGCCGGAGGACCCCUUGCCAAGACACCAGCCAUCAUCACGAAGACGCAUGGACCGCAUGGCAGCCAUCACAGAGUCCAUCCGGUGCUCAGAAGUGUCCACGUCGCUACGCGCCGCUGGCUCAAGCCCUUUGCCGAGAGCAAAGGCAUCCGACAAUGCAGACCCGAUAGGGAACUCCGGGAUGGUGGCUGUCAGAGGCCCAAUCAUCCUGCUUGGCUUCGUCCUCGUCGUCGGAGCCAAUGCAUUCAAGCUGCAAGUGCACGGAAGUCCAGGCGCCAGCUCCGCUGGCAAGGGAGCGAACAUCUCCUUGCUGUCCCAGCCGCAGUCAAACAGAACCGGGUCGCCAGCAAACGCCAGCAUCUCCAGUGGGGGUGAGGAGGUGAAGCGCCGCCAGAUUGUCAGUGAGGGUCGGCCCGAGCCCGGGAAGAAGGGCCAACACCCGACAAACGGAACGCAGAACGCCACGAGCCAGGAAGGCGGAAGCUUCGGCUUCGACGUCUCCAAGAUGUCAGUGUCCGAGUUCUGGGAGCCGUACAUGUGGGUUGUGGCAGCCAUCGUGGCCGUCUUCGCCGUGAGCUUUGAACUGUGCCAUCGCCGGCUGGCAGAUGUGGACCUGACCGCAACGCCCGAUUGCGGAGCCGAGCAUCACGAGCACCAGAUGCUGCACUUAUUCAACGGGAUUUUGCCUCUUGUGAGGCCUUUCUACUUCGGCCACGAACGGCGGACAGCCUGGACCUACUUGGCGGCUAUCUCCGUGUUGGGUGUGAUUGACCUGAUACUGGGACUCGUCAUUAUGGUUUGGUCCAAAGAGUUUUGGGACACCAUCGAAAAGAAGAACAUCUCGCGCUUCUUCCCGCUGAUUCUGGAUCUCUGCCUCUUGGCUUUCUCCAAAAUUAUUCUUUCCACCUACGGCCAGUACAUCGGCUUGAUGCUUUCCAUUCGCUGGCGACGUUCCAUGACGCAAUGGUUGCUGACGCAGUGGUUGAAGGAUAAGUGCUUUUACGCGAUGCAGCUCGAUGGCAAAGGUGACGUUCCAGACAACCCGGAUCAGCGAAUCCAGGAGGACGCGCGCCUCUUUGUGGAGCAGACGAUGUCGCUGGGCACAGGCUUCGUUACCGCCGCCACGCAUCUCUUGUCUAGGUUGCCCAUGCUUCUGUUGCUUUCGCCAAGCUACGCGUUCGGAUGGUUCUACUGCCCCGGCUGGCUGCUUUACGUAACGCUUCUCUACUCCGGAGUGGGAGCCAUUGUGGCCCACUUUGUGGGGCAGAAGCUGAUCAUGAUCAAUUUCGGCCUGCAAAAGUACGAGGCGGGCUUUCGCUACGACAUCGUGCAAAUCCGCGAUAAUGCUGAGAGCAUUGCUCUCUACGGCUCGGAACCCUGCGAGGAGGAGCGAUUACAAGCAAAGUUCGCAUGGAUCGAACGAGUGUGGUGGAUGAUGAUGUGCUACACGAAGCGCCUGGGUUUCUUUGUGUCGUUUUACUACCAAACCUCCAGCAUCUUUCCCUACCUGGUCCUGGCUCCGAACUAUUUUCGGGGUCAAAUCACGCUGGGAACCAUGUUCAUGCUCUUCGACGUGCUUUGGGCCGUGAAGGCCGGCUUUGAUUGGUUCCUGGGGAGUUACUCCGAGCUGACAGGCUAUCGAGCGACUGUGGAUCGGCUUUCGAACUUCACCCAGGCUAUGGAGAGGAGAGAGAAUGCCAAGUGCAAAGUCAAGCGGCUGCCGGCUGGAGACAACGACGCUGCCGUUGUAAGCGGCCUCAACGUCCAGCUUCCGGCCAAAGUCGAUCAGCGCCAGUUGUGGAAAGAUGCCAACCUGGAAGUAAAGCCAGGCCAGUUCGUGCUGCUGUCGGCGCCAGAGGGAACUGGAAAGAGUUGCUUCUUCCGCGCGAUGGCAGGAAUUUGGCCUCAUGCAAGUGGAGAGGUGUAUCUGCCGGCGAAGACCCUCUUCCUGCCACAGAAGUCCUACAUUCCGCAGGGCACGCUGAAGCAGGCUGUAGCCUACCCCUCCGGUGCCACCGAGUUCACCGAUGCAGAGGUGCAGGCUGUUCUGGAGGCCGUGCGGCUCACAACCUUGGAAGGUCGUCAGCUCCAUGACGAGGCCAACUGGGCAAUGCUGCUCUCUGGCGGUGAGCAGCAGCGAUUGGCCAUCGCUCGUGUCUUGCUACGCAAGCCGGAGGCCCUGUUCUUGGACGAGGCGACGAGUGCCCUGGGCGCUGAGGGUGCUCUGGAGGUCUUCCAGCUGCUUCGGCAGCCGAAGAGCCUUCCAGCAGGUGCAGUCGUAGUGACUGUGAGCCAUGACGUCGAGCUGUUGAAGCCCAUUCACGAUGCACACUACACCUACGACACCGUGCCAGUGCCUUGCUGGACCGGAUUCGUGGCGCGCUACGGUCCCGAGGGCCUGGAGCCGUACAGCUGCUUUGCCAGAGGUUCCAAGUGGCGGAGCAAGGGCAGCGUGCCAUCCGAGCCAAGGAGCUGCGACAAGGACUCAGCCAGGUCGGGGUCGGGGCAAGCGAAGAAGACGUUGUCGAGCUGCUCCGCAGCAUGGACGUCGAUGGCCAAGGGACGGUUGACCUGGAUGACUGGCUGCGUGUUCUUCGGGGACCACUCAGCCCAGCUCGAGCUGGUGUGGUGCGCGAGGCAUUGGUGGCAGAUUAGCCUCUAUUGUAGUGUUGCUAAGCCAACUUGUAUUGUGCACAGAAGCCGGGUGAACGAGUGGAGCCACGAGUUGAUCUCGCAACAGUUUGGCUCAAAGCAAACUAGUUCGCUUCUUAUGACGGGUCAUGAGGAUGGAGCCCUCUCUCUGCCACCAACCGGUGCGAUGACAUCAAGCGAAGGCAAGGAGGGAACCACCAAGGGCUUCAAGCUCGUUGUCGAAGCGAAGAAGUUCGAUGAUGGCUCUGGUUCAGAUUCUGAAAGUAGCAGUGGAGCCAGUGCUAAAUCCGGCAGUAGCUUGUUGUCAAGGAGAUCCCAGUCCAGCAUGUAUAAGUCCGGGCUGAGCAUCUCCGCGAAAGACAAAGUGGGAGAUACUCGCAGCUAUCGUGAGUUGCUGGAAAGCAAGGGUUACAAGAUCAGAGGCGUCAUCGGUCGCGGCCAGAACAGCGGCUUUUUGGUUCAUUCCGCCAUUCGGGAAGACCAGGAAUAUGCAGUGAAGGUUUCCAUUGAGACGGGCCAGGAAGGCACGAAUGGCGAUGCCAUCCGCAAGGAAUUCCAAAUUUUGAAGCGACUUCAGCACGAGAGAAUUGUCAAGGCAUAUGCUCUCGAAGAUGAACUCGACGAAGGUGUCAAGGGAGUUGCCAUGAUCCUGGAGCUAUGUCACGGUAGCACGCUGAAUCGGUGGCUGCCCUGGCACGACAAGAGUACCACGGCUCUGGACGUGGCCUGCCGACGGCAGUGUUUGACACAGAUCGCUUCUGCAAUUGCUUACCUGCAUUCAGUUGGGAUCGCCCACCGUGACCUCCAUUCGAAGAAUGUGGUCGUGCACGUCAGUCAGAUCAACGGUAGAUACGAAAGCGAGUCAGUGCAAGUGAAGGUCAUCGACUUAGGAAGUGUCAAGUUGGACGGCCGCUUGAAUCCUACCGGUAAGCUAGGUAGUUCCGACCGGAUCUCCGUCAGAGGAAUCAUCUCGGAAGCUUCGUCUGCCACCAUCUGGACGGAAGGUCGGCCAGCCCAGACUGAGCUCGCAGCGGCUGGAUGCGCAAAGGCUUUUGCCAGCCUCUGCGACCGGGAGGGCUUGGUGGACUUGCGCGCCCUCCGUGCUCGCUUCAAUGCCUCAAAGCAUCCGGACGUCCAGGCAGGACUCAGGAGCCAGAAGGAGGUGACUGUGGAGCUCAUGUCCGAACUUGGCCACGGUGGGCCACGGAUCUCUCUUGGGGACUUCGCCAGGCAUUACGAGACCAUCUCGGCCGGGAUUCAGGAUGACCAGUACUUCGGACACAUUGUGCGCGGUGUUUGGGGUUUGCCACAGAGUGCCGCCAACGACAUGGCAGCGAAUGCGCACCGCUGUUACGAAGGUCACAUCAUCACUACCGAGGGAGGUUUAUGUGGGCCAUAUGCGCCUGGCGUCUGCUGA